GUGAAUUGGCCAGCCAGACAAACAGGGCCUUAUUACUAAUGGUAAAAACCAAACUGACCCACUACCCCAAAACCGAACCAAACAGCUCGGACGCAACACACAGCUGCCAAACCCAAAACCUAUGCCGCUACAAUGCACCAACACCAACAAUCGCCGCUGCCACCGUCAUAUACCCCUAACGCCACCGCAACAACCGCCCUCCCGAAAGACCAUUCCAAAACCACUCUUUACAUAAUCUUAGCCACCUCCUUUUUUUCCCUCCUCUUCAUUCUCUCCCUCCCUUCCACCUCUUCUUCCUCCCAAUCCUUAAUCACAACCGGACGCGACCCGGUUCUCUUCCCCAACCGGCCCAUUUCCCGAACCGAGAUCCCUUCAGGCCCUACUUCUCCCUCCAUUGCUUAUCUCAUAUCAGGAUCUGCCGGCGACUCGGCUCGGAUCCUCCGCCUACUCUUCGCUUCCUAUCACCCGAGAAACCAUUACCUUCUUCACCUUGACCUGUCUGCUCCGCAGACUGAACGUGAUCGAUUGGCUGUCACAGUCCAAUCAGUGCCCAUUUUCAGAGCUGCCCAAAAUGUUGACGUUAUAGGGAAAUCAGAUUAUGCUUACCCAAGGGGGUCAUCCACAAUCUCUUCUACUCUUCAUGGUGCCUCCAUAUUGCUACGGUUGUCUUCGAAUUGGGAUUGGUUUAUAUCUCUCAAUGCUGGUGAUUACCCGCUUGUUACUCAGGAUGAUCUUCUUCACAUUUUGUCAUACUUGCCAAAAGAUCUCAACUUUGUGAAUCACACAAGUUAUAUUGGCUGGAAAGAGUCAAAGAGAUUGAAACCGAUAAUUGUUGAUACGGGGCUUUAUCUUUUGGAGAAGCAUGAGAUAUUUUAUGCUACUCAGAAGCGGGAAUUGCCAAAUGCUUUCAGAUUGUUUUCAGGUUCAUCAUUUGCAAUUUUAACUCGUAGUUUCCUUGAGUUCUGCAUCCUUGGUACAGACAAUCUUCCGAGGACCUUGCUAAUGUAUUUUGCAAAUAUGCCUUAUUCCUUCACCAAUUAUUUCCCAACUGUCCUAUGUAACUCUGAUCAGUUCAAGAGCACCGUGAUAAACAAUAACCUACAGUAUGUAGCCUUCAACAAAUCCCUUUCAACGAAGCCUCACCUAGUCAGUUCUGAAGAGUUUGAUGCUAUGAUUCAGAGUGCAGCUGCUUUUGCAACACAGUUCCAAUUUGACGAUCCAGUACUUGACCGUAUUGACCAAGAAAUUUUGAAACGCAACCCUGGCAAAGUUGUACCAGGUGGAUGGUGUUUAGAUGAACCUGGCAAUGGCACAUGUUCAGUUUGGGGGGAUGCUGAUAUCUUGAGGCCUGGUCCAGGAGCAAAAAGGCUUGAAAAAUGUAUUGUUGAAUUACUUUCAGAUGACAGGUAUCGCUCUCACCAAUGUCUAGAUGAAUGAUCUAAAUCAAUUACCAUGGAGACAUGAAAUUGGAGAAGCAACAGGUAAUAUCAAGCACCUAGUUGUGCUCUGAUUGUUGUAAAGUAAAUUACAAUUCAUUUGUUAUUGUACUUGACAUUUGUUUAUUAGUAAAGAGAUGUAGUUUCCAUUCCUACCAUGAUCAUGGGAAUCCAAUUAUAUGGUUUGACGCAGUGUGCAAUAUGCCCAUUCUUGGACUAUCGACAAAUUUCAUUGUAUAUCACUCGUCUUACUAAAAGUUUUCAAGCCUGUUCUGUUACUUUUAACCUAGGCAUGGAUAAAGUUCCCUAUUAACUUUGUAUUGGAUGAUUAUGUUAAUACGAAACUCAAGCCAUCUGAUGAUGGAUUAUCGGAUUGGUAAAGUGUUAU